AUGCCAUUAACAAAUGUCUACCAUGUGCGUCGGGUCGCAGAUACCUCUGCAAAAGCAUGUUUGAUCUGCUACAAACCAUCAACUAGCGUGAUGAUCACACCAGAUAACAAGGACUUCUUUUACGUGUGCCCCGCACAUCUGCAAGACCGGCACUUCUGUUCUCCAAUAGUUGACACAGAGGGCCAAGCAAAACUACUCAAGGAAGAGGCAAUGGCUAAAGAGAUUGAAAAGGUCAAAAAGGAGUACGAAGAAAAACAGAGACGAAAGAAAGAGCGUGAGAAGGCCUCGAGCAAGGACGAUAAAGAGGAGAAAGAUAAGAGCAAAGACGACUCCAAGGAUAAAUCCAAAGAUUCGUCUGAGGCAAAUACUAAUGAUGAGAAAGACAGAGAUGAUAAGAUCGCUUCUAUUCGCAAAGGUUCUGAGACAGAGACGAAGCUGGAUGAUUCACCUCGCAUCUUCUCUCUGCACAAGAAUUUCUACCAAAUGCGCAUCGACCGGCUGCGUAACAUUGAGAUGGCGAAACGGAACCAGGAAAGGUUGAAGAACCCUUCAUUGUUUCCUUCUGUGCCAUCAGGGGACCCCUAG